GAACCCCAAAUUUCUUCCCCACAGAACACCACAAAAAUCAUUCAAACAGUGCUCCUGUCCUGAGAUUUUAUAAAAGAAAAAGGAGGAAGAUUCGUGGAUGUGAUUUAUGCCCUCGCAUCUGGCGCUGCUGUCGUGCCUGCUGGUGCUGCUCCUCUCCCUCGACAAGUUCCUCCUCCACUACCUCAAGCGCUGGCUCUCCGGCGGCGGCGGCAGCAUAAUCCCCCGGAUCCCGACCGGCGCCUUCAGGCCGCGCUCGCACCGACCCAUGGCGGCCGCCGGCAGGUGGAGCGAGACGGCCAUGCUCGUCAUCGACAUGCAGAAGGAUUUCGUGGACCCGGCGAUGGGCAGCCCGGUGCUGGUCGCCGGCGGCGAGGCCGUGGUCCCCGCCGUCGCUGAGGCCGUCGCCGUGGCGCGGGAGCGCGGCAUCUUCGUCGUUUGGGUUGUCAGAGAGCAUGACCCUUCUGGAAGAGAUGUUGAACUUUUCCGCCGACACUUGUAUUCUGGAGGAAAGGGUCCGACAGUGAAAGGUUUGAAAGGUGCAGAGCUGGCUGACGGGCUUUUUAUCAAAGAAGGCGACUACAAGUUGGUGAAGACAAGAUUUAGUGCUUUCUUUGCGACACACCUUGAUUCCGUUCUUAAAACACAAGGAAUAAAGAACUUGGUAAUUGUUGGUGUUCAAACUCCAAAUUGCAUUCGGCAGACUGUCUACGAUGCUGUGGAAUUGGACUAUGAGAAAGUUAUGGUCCUUAUUGAUGCAACAGCUGCUGCUAGGCCAGAUAUCCAUUUGGCAAACAUCAGAGAUAUGAAGACCAUCGGUGUGGAAACACCAACCUUGGAAGAGUGGCGCCGUUAAGCUUGCGGGUGGUGUACUUCAUUCUUGGCACGAAGUGACAUGCAUAUGUGCAGUAGAGGCAACAAAUGCGCUACCACUUCCUUGCUCUCCACUCGGUCCCGGCAAAUGUAAAUAUGUUAAUAUUUGCAAGGUUGCAUCUAUACAACUUCUAAUC